AUGCCCGAACCCGACAAGAGGGCCGCCGCCACAGCGGCGUCGCAGAGUCCGUCAGAUCACGUGACCAGAAUCUCCUCCACCGCCACGCCGUCUCGUCCACGCAUACACACCACUCCCACCCCACAGUCUGAGGUUCUGUUGCCCCAGCAGCCUUUGUCGGCUUCACCCACCAAGACUGAGAGCGCGGAGCAGGCUGACAAGUACAAGACGCUCAAGGGCCGACCGGAGGAAGCAGGACCGCCGCCCACGCCGACCAUAGCGCCCGCUGCGGUCAUCACACAUCUGGUUCCGAAACACAAAAAAAGCAAAACCAGACUCAAGAGCACCCCCAAGUCGAGCCCUCGAACCACACCCACCAGAACAACACCGUACAGGUCGUACUCCACCACAGAUGAAGACCCGGAGAGUUCAGAUGAAGAUAUCGGUCCCGGAUCGCUGCUAGCCGCCCAACAACGUCUGCCAAUCGGAGUGCCUGACAAAAACAGACACCCCAAGCUCAAAAGCCACGCCAGCGCUCCCGCAGUGCCCAUGGCCAGAGACCCCAGCGGAGGAAGCGUCACUAAUGGCUCUUCCGUCGGGCCUACCAUCACCACAAUCACUCCUGGAGGCUACAACUCCACCCCCGGAGCUUCUACAGGCGAGUCUCUCACUAAUGCAUCUUCGUCUUUGCCUGCAUCGUCGCUUCCAGGUAUCGCAUCUGUCUCGUCACCCUCACUCCCCACGACUCUGCCUCCAUCGUCGACUUCAAACUCAGGUACUUCUACCCCAGCAGUGCUCUCAGACCCCGUCGUCAAGCCCCGAAAGGCAUCUGCUCCUGCACCCGCCUCAAACUCGCAUAUUACCGUGGAGACAGAAACCGUGCCUGCUGUGCCCACUGUCUCCGUAGCGCCUCCGCCACCAGUGCAGCCUCAGACUGAUAGCAACAGCAACACAAACUAUCAGGGCGGGUCUGUCAACUCCACUGUGGCGUUGUCUGGAGGCCCACAGCUGGGUUCAGGCUCCAACUCUCUAAGACUCAAGAAGUCACAGGAUGUCAAGUCGAGGAAAAAGAAGGGCAGAUCCCAGCUUUCGCAGCAGGGGAACACCAAAGCCGAAAUCUUCGCGGCCAAGGUCGCUUCCGCCGUCGACGAAGUCCACUCCUCAGACUCGGACGAAGACUUUGUAUACGAGUCCAACCCCAUGGAGAAGCCCACGGUGAACCCUCGUGCUCUUGGCGUGGCCCUAGGACCAACUGCCCGUAUGGCUCGGCCCUCAGUGUCGUCUUUAUCUUCCAUCGUUCACGACGAAGAAGACAACCCGGCAGUAUCUGUCCCCGAUCUCAACUACGACUCGUCCUGCUCCACUACCAGUGACCACCCCGAGUUUGUCAACAUGACCAACAACCCACGGUUCCAGUCCAGACAUCCUUCUCUUUCUUCUGUGGGUAAACCCAUGGGUUCGUCUGAACGAAGAGGUAUGUCUCAAGACUACUCUGAUAUUGAAAAGGACGGAAUUCCUCUCUUUCCGCAUGAUAAUGGGCUCGAUAGCAAGGGACAGGCGAACAGAACAUUCUCUGGACCCCCUCGAAUGCCUCCUCGCCUCAACAAUGCCCACUCGGGCUCUCAUCUUGGCAACGACGCCCGUAAACGCGCACCAGUCAGCAAUUAUGGAAGUCUACGAAACGCUGCGUCUCUCGCACGUCUUGGAGGGGGCUCUCUGCGACGUCUGGGUUCGUAUACAAAGGAAGAUCCUCCUUUAGAACCCACCAAGACCCGCGGUACUGGAGGCUCACGACGUGGUCCUCUCGGUGGCAGCUCCAGUGCUGGUUUUACCAACGAUGAGGAGUACUACGACUUUGAUGUGGAUGCUGAUCUCGACGACGAAGAGUUUGAUGAUGCAUCAGAAAGCACUCCUCUUCGAAGGGGAGACAGCAGUCGGAGAGUGCGUAAGAACGGGCAAUUUUCUCCCCACAACUUCCAUAAGAGCUCCCAUCAUGCUCGGUGGCGAGGUAUUCGACGAGCUAUUUGGAUCAUGUCUUCUCUAGUGGCUGUUCUGCUCACUGGCUUUGUGUUUGGCUUUGUGCUUGCUACAAACCGCCCCCUGCAGAACGUCAGUGUCGUGGAUAUCACGGAGCUGCUCAUUUCCGAGCAGGAGCUGGUGUUUGACAUUGUUGUCAAGGCCUUCAACCCCGGUAUUUUGUCGGUGGUGGUGCCGUUCCUAGAUAUUGAUGUGUUCGCCAAGCCCAUAGUGUCCAAGGACGACAAAGACGAAAAGGACAAGAACAUUCUGUUGCUGGGCAACAUUGACGAGUUUGAUGUGCCUCUGCGAUUCGAGGGCGGCUUUUUCACCCGGCACGCCCAAUCGGCCAUGGGUGAGGUCCGUCUGAAUGACCCCGGUGUGCCCCGUAAUGCGACUCUGGAUUCAGGAGUACCCUUGAUGCUGCGGGUACCUGACAAAGACAAGGGCGACAAGGACAAGGAGCCAUUGACUCCGGAAGAGCGGUGGAAGAAGAUUUGCUCCGAGCCGUUUGAGCUCAUUGUUCGCGGCGUACUCAAGUAUGAUCUGCCGCUGUUCCACAAGGGUCAGUCCACCACGGUUUCGAAGAGUGUCAAGGUGACGCCACAUAAAAACUAG